AUGUAUGGACGGGGGGUGGAGGGCGGGCAGACCCAGGUGGAUGGACGGAUGGACGGGGAAGAGGAUGAUAAGAAACUUACGCUGCAGCUGGGCGAGAUAAAGGACAGGAUCGUCAGCGACCAGGAGAGAGCCGCCACGCUCAAAAAGAAGGUUCAGCUCCACGACUCGUUAAAAACAGAGGACCACGAUACGAUGUCGGAUGCUCUGGGUGUGAAGAUAACUGAAGUGCAUCGCUGCUGCGUGGACUCCCAUAUGACCUACCUCAGCACCUUGGAGAAGCUGUCCAGUGUUGAAUACCGUAUAUCUGUACUGUUCCAGUUCUUGGAGAGCAUCCCUAAAGAGAACCUGAAGACACUGAGGCUGAUCAAGGACAACGAUAGGAGGGGCAGGCUGCGUGAGGAGCAGCUGAGACUGGAGAAGGAGAAGCACUUAGAAAUGCUGAAGAAGUGCAAGCUAAGAUCAAUGGAUGGAAGCAAGAAAAAAGCUAGAAGAAAGCUCAUGCCCAGGUGCUUCCCUGUUGAGCAGAAGAUCAGAGUCAGUGAGGAGGACAACCUACCUGCCGAGGAAGAACUCCAUGCCUUCCUCUUCACCACUGAGGACGACGAGUAGAAAAUAAAUCAACACAUGCCAU